GCCACGGCAGCGCUGCAGGAGGCUCCACACCGAACCACCGCUACCGGGGCGGAGGACCAGUGAGACAGCAAAACCAAGGGGGCUCCAGCGGGGGAUGGAUUAAAAAAACUCUCACCAACCAUCACAUUUUGGGGUGUUUUUUUUAUUUUUAUUUUUUAUUGCCACUGGAUUAAAGGUUGCCUGUUCACAAAUACCCCCCCGCUCCCUCCUCCCGCUCCCUUUGAGCAAACAGCCUCGUCUCGCUGAUGCAGAUGGAGACUGGCGGCUAAGCUAACUGACUUAAACUGACGCGACUCCUCUGUCUGUCGGCCGGGGCUAGCGACCGUUACCAAGGGCUUAAACUGACACUCUUUUUCGAACUGAGUUGCCAUUCAAAAAAAACAAACAACGAACGUUCCAAUCGUCUCCUUGGAAACCGGCUCAGAAAUGCUACUAGCUCGUACGUGAGAUAAAAGGACACGCGCGUAGCAUCAGCUGACGGCAAAGAUUGCACCACCCAUCACCCACCACCACCACCACCCAUUCCCAAGAUGCACCACCCAGAUGCUGCAGGAGACUCCUCCAGCAGUGUGAGGAAGAUGGCGCAUCCGGCUGUCUUCCACAGGAGGGGUAGCAGCAGUACCACCAGCAGCACAGGCCCAGUGCAGUCAACCCCAGUGGUCCCAGUGGAGGACUACCAACCCUCCCUGCUGCUCCAGUGCCAACCCCCUGCUGGUGGUGCAUCCUCCCCGGGACCCCAUCACAUCCCUCCCCCCCACACCCUGAACCUGCAGCCCGCUCAGAUCAAAAAGAAGAGCGGUUUCCAGAUCACAAGCGUGACUCCGGCGCAGAUAUCCGUGAGUACCAAUAAUAGUAUUGCAGAGGACACGGAGAGCUACGAUGACCUGGAUGAGUCCCACACGGAGGAUCUGUCUUCUUCUGAAAUCCUGGAUGUGUCCCUGUCAAGAGCCAACGACGUGGCGGGAGCAGAGAGGAGCUCCUCGGAGGAGACGCUGAAUAACUUCCACGAAGCGGAGACCCCUGGAGCCGUCUCCCCCAACCAGCCUUCGCACCCCCACGCCCUGAACCAGGCUGGGGCCAUGGUGAACGGCACUGUGCACCAUCACCGUCCUCCCCAUCCCCAUCCCCAUCCCAACCACGCCCAGGUCUACCCUCUGUCUUCUGGGCCUGGGAGCGCCGCAUCUGCGCUGAAUUCUGGAGCUUUACCUUGUGUCACCCAGAAAAUGCCUUCGAACGUGGGGGUCCCUCAAGAGAAUGUUUCCCAGGCCGCCCCUCCGAGUGUUGUUGCUCAGCCCGUGGGGGUUGCGGCCCCGGGGUCCGUCCCUGGAAUGCACAGUUCUGCUACGGGCACUACAGUUAGCAUAGUUAAUCCCCAGACCAGCACUGUUAGUAAUGUGAAUAUGUUGAGCUCUGCCAACGUGCCUGUGAGAGGGGGGAUCAACAUGAGUGCUAGCAGCAGUACCAGCGGCGGAGGCUUCCCCCUCAGUGUGAUGAGCAGCAGCGGGGGUAGCGGAGGUGGAGGCGGCGGUGGUGGUGCUGCUGCAGCCGGGGGUAACCUCAUAACCACCAACAACGUCGGCAUGAUCCAGCAGCAACAAAACGCCAGCAUCACUAUGACGACUACGACCACCGCCGCCGCUGUCGGUGCCUCUGGAGGGGUCGGACUCUCCGGUGGGUUCCAGGCGCGGGUUGGAACCGCUGUGGGUCAGCCUGGGAGUGGCCCCGUCACAGCUGUGGCCCCAGCCCCUGUGGCAUCCGCUCCUAUCCAGCCUGCCCCAGCCCCGGCCCCUGCGGUGGUUCCCACAAGUUCGCGCUUCAGGGUGGUGAAGCUGGACUCUAGCUCUGAACCCUUUAAGAAGGGAAGAUGGACAUGCUCUGAAUUCUACGACAAAGAAACCCCGGCCUCGGCUCCCAGCUCCUCUGCAUCCGAUACCGGGUCCCACAACAUGCGGCAGUUUGUCUCCGAGAGCUUUGCUGGGGCCUCGGAGAGGGAAAGCACAAGUGGUAGUUCUGUGAGUAGCACUAUGAGUACAUUGAGUCAUUAUACUGAGAGUGUGUGCAGCGGAGAGGCCGGGGACCCCAGGUACCCCAGCACACCCAGGAUUAUGCCUCCCCUCCUCAGGGCUAUCAAGGAAUCCUCCCCAGUGGCUUAAGCAUGGGAGUGUCCCAACCUCACAUGCACCCCAAGGAUAUUACCCAUUCACAUGUGAAGACUUCUGUGGCCCCUUCGGCUCCCGCUAACGUUCAUCAG